AUGCCGGAGCAGGGUUCUAAGAGCAGUGCUAGUUCCAUGAAAGGCUAUAAGAAAGCCGUGACUAAAACUCAGAAAAAGGAGGAGAAAAAGCGCAAGAGAUAUCGCAAAGAGAGCUAUUCAGUUUAUAUCUAUAAAGUACUGAAACAAGUUCAUCCGGAUACUGGUAUUUCUUCGAAGGCUAUGAGUAUUAUGAAUUCACUUGUUACUGAUAUGUUUGAGCGCAUUGCAGCGGAGGCGUCCCGCCUGGUGCGUUACAACAAGUGUUCGACCGUCACAUCCAGGGAGAUCCAGACAGCAGUGCGCUUGCUGCUUCCUGGGGAGUUGGCUAAGCACGCAGUGUCCGAGGGCACCAAGGCUGUCAGUAAAUACAGUAGUUCCAAGUAAAGAAAUCCAGACUUUUGUAACCCAAAGGCUCUUUUAAGAGCCACUUAACUUUCUAGAGAGUUGUAGGCUUUUUACUUGGCUGCUCGGUGUGUGUGGGCA